AUGCGACUUUGCUGCAAGCGAGAACCACCAAACUUGGAAAAACCUGAUGACGACCUUCCACGUUUAAACCAAUAUGAUGAGCCGUUUCUUUUGGUCGGAGUUAUGACAACCAGAAAAUAUUUGAAAACGAGAGCAGCGGCGAUUAGUCGAACUUGGGGGAAACACAUCCCUGGGAAGAUAUUGUUCUUUCUGGGACAAGGCAGAGAGUACAGGGGACACCUUCCCAUUGUAGUCCUAGACAAGGUCUCGGACAAUGCAUACCCUCCGCAGAAGAAGUCCUUUGCGAUGUUGAAGUACAUACACGACAACUUCAUUGAUAGUUAUGAGUGGUUCAUGAGAGUCGACGAUGAUAUAUUCAUCCAGCCCGACCGUCUGGAGAAAUUCCUCCGCUCAGUAAAUAGUUCCAGACGCCUGUACAUGGGCCAACCAGGACUUGGUAUUCCAAGAGAGAGGGGGAAGCUCGGAUUGCGCAAUGACAGCUUCUUCUUCUGUAUGGGAGGCACAGGGAUUGUUUUUACCAGGGAAACCUUGAGACGAACUGCUUUAGGGUUUGAUACAUGCCUGAAGCACACCUUCACGAAGCACGAAGACACGGAGCUGGGUAGAUGUGUAAACGAACAGGCUGACGUCUCGUGCAGCGCUGCCUAUGAGUUUUCGGCAAUGUUCUACCAAAAUCGCGUCAACAGAAAUGGGUCAUUUGAAGGCGAAAUGGACCCCAAGGCCACUAAAGCGUUGACCUUACACCCGGUAAAGAAAUCAGAACAUGUGUACAGACUUGGAAGCCAGUUUAGCGCCAGACGCAUGUUUCGUCUUAAAAAGUCCAUCUCUCGCUUGGAGGACGCCAUUAGAGAUAUGGAUCAUCUAAUUUCGCAGUCUAUGGACAAGAAGUCAAAUAUUCACGUUCCUAAAAUAUUGCACAAAAGAAGUAUUGACCAAAAGAAAAAGAAUCAUGGGACAGAUGACAUUUGGAAUUUUAUUCGAUCUGGACUUAUAUACACACGUACCCAUCCAUAUCAAAACCCGUACGAAAUCGUAGCAAGAAGAGGCAGACAACUGCGGAUUAAUGCCACCAUUUUAGCUUUGAAGACGUCAAAACAGAAAUCAAAUUUACCUUAUUUUUAUUACGAAAAAAUAAACCCUAAUGUAGGGGUAGAACAUGUCAUGGCGAUGGGAAAUCGGUCUUCUUAUAAACCGUAUGUGGCCAUACAGCGUUUCCAAAUACCCGAAGUAGUCGAAGUUCUCGACGAUUCGAAACCUCGGGGUGUCAUCAUAUACAUGAUAUUGCCCUUGUACAGACGAUCGAUGGUCUUUGCUAAUUUUCUCACGUCGUUAAACACCACAGCUUACAACUUCCACGGCAAGAUACAUCUCCGAAUUGUUCUGUACAAAGAUACCGGCAAAGAAUUUUUGGUGUCUUUGAAGAAUUACAAUGCGUUCAACUGUUCUAGCGAAAGUCUGAAAACUGAACUCUUUCUGCUGGCAGACCAGUACUCGAGAGUGAAAGCCAUGAACAAGGGCCUGGAAGAUAUUCCUCUAGAUUCGCUCGUGCUUUUCAUGGACGUCGAUAUGAUCUUCACCGCCAGCUUUCUAGACAGGGUGAUUCUGAAUACGAAACGCGGUAAAGAAUCCUUCUUCCCCGUCUCCUUUUCUCUGUACGACCCGAGUAAGGCCUGCCACGGUAAACCCGGGUGCCAUUUUGAAACGAAUAACUUUCAGAUCCACCAGGAUCGAGGAACGUGGCGCCAUUUUGGUUUUAGAAUUGUGGGAAUAUAUAAAGAUGACUUCAUCAGAGUUAAUGGAUGGGAUACCUCGAUAAUGGGUCGGGGUAAGGAGGAUUCUCUUUUCUAUGAGCAAUGUUUCAGCUACGGGUUUCCAGUGUUUCGCUCUAUUGAACUGGGACUGGUGCACGUGCAUCAUAUUAAAUACUGUAACAGCUCUCUGCCGACUGACCAGUACAAUAUGUGUCUUGCUUCCCGCGCCCAGAUGUAUGCGUCCCAGUCGAUUCUAGCAAAUCUCGCGUUUAGUAUUACAUCGAUAAAAGAAAACAUGUAA